AUGUCCUCACGACUCCGCAAUCUCAAAGCCACUGCUUCAGACGCAGCAUCACACUUGUUGGAAACAUUCUCCAAUAAGUCAACUAUUCGUCGCCAACUCGUCGAUGCAAACCAACUACAAAAACUAGCCCUCACCCUCAAUCGGCCCAGAUUGAAUCGCCAAGACGUUUCUGAGCAACCACCUGUCGAGGGAACACCUGUACCGCCUGGAUAUCACCUUGUGUAUUUUACUCCAAAUGGUGCAGAGUCCGAACUCGGCCAUGAUGGGAGUGAUACCACAUUCAAUGCCUCUGCGCCUUUUACCAGAAGGAUGUGGGCUGGCGGCAAAAUGACUUGGGCGACCGAUGUGUCGCUUCGUGUGGGUGAUCAAGUUGAAGAAAGGACGAAACUUUUGAGCGCAACCCCAAAGAAGAGUAGAUCAGUGGGCGAGAUGGUCCUUGUGGAAGUAGAGAAAGAGUUCUGGGGUCCAAAAGGUUUGGCCUUGACAGAUCGUCGAUCAUGGGUAUUCAGGCCUCAGAUUAAUCUCGAUGCCGUGCAAGAGGCACCAAAACCUCUUGGGAAUAUUAUCCGCGGCCCAUCUUCAAUUAGAGAUAUCGAUACUCAGAGUGAGGGUCAUCAUCCUGUUAGGGAACUGCGCUGGUCACCAGUUGGUCUCUUCAGAUUCUCAGCCUUGACAUUUAACGGACACAUGAUACACUACAACCAGGAUUGGACUCGGAAUGUAGAAGGUCAUCCUGGCGAAGUCGUCCACGGACCUCUGAAUCUAAUCAACCUCCUUGACUACUGGCAGGACAUCCACGGUAACGGCGAAAACCCUCGAGGAAUCUCAUACAGGGCCUUGUCGCCGCUUUAUGCUGGCCAGACAUACAGUAUCGGAACUGAGGCCAUUCGGGACACAGAUAAUGGAAAGACAUGGGAUAUCGUUGCUGAAAGAGAGGGAACAACCUGUAUGAAGAGCGAGAUCACAGCGUAA